UUUAUAGAACGAAAUUGUGUAGCAAUUACAAGGCAAUGUGAAGCGAAAAAACAAUGAAAAGUAGUCAAGUAUACCAACCUCAACUUAAAUACAUUUUACAUUAUUUUACUUUAUAAUGCUUGACCUUAUAUUUUAUAAAUACCCAUCUAAAUUCUCAAUCAUACACUUACAACAAGCCACUCUAAACUAAAACCACAAAAACUAGCACGUCUUAUAACAUCUAUGGAUGCACCAACUUGGUCCGCCUAUGCAUUUGCAUGGCUAGGAGCUUUAGCCCUUGUACUCCUUUCAAGCCACCUUCGUCGUCGUAAACUAAACCUACCACCUGGCCCGAAACCAUGGCCGAUCAUUGGAAACUUCAACCUUAUCGGAUCCCUUCCGCAUCGUUCCAUCCAUGAGCUUUCUAAGAAAUAUGGGCAUGUAAUGAUGCUUCGAUUCGGGUCAGUUCCUGUUUUAGUAGGCUCAUCGGUGGAAAUGGCAAAACUUUUCCUUAAAACCUAUGAUGUUAUAUUUGCUGGGAGGCCUAAAACCUCCGCAGGUAAAUACACAACCUAUAAUUACUCUGAUAUAACAUGGUCUCAAUAUGGUCCAUAUUGGCGUCAAGCCAGAAAAAUGUGUCUAAUGGAGCUCUUUAGUGCGAAGAGACUCGAAUCUUACGAGUACAUACGUGUAGAAGAGCUUAAUACAAUAUUAGGAGACAUACUUAAGACUAAUGGUGAACCCACCAUGAUAAAAGAUCAACUCUCAACAUUGAGCUUAAAUGUAAUUAGUAGGAUGGUUUUAGGGAAAAGGUACUUAGAUGAAAAUGAAGAAAAUUCAAUUGUUACACCGGACGAAUUUAAGAAGAUGCUUGAUGAAUUGUUCUUACUAAAUGGGGUGUUUAAUCUUGGGGAUUGGAUCACUUGUCUUAAGUAUAUUGAUGUUCAAGGUUAUGUGAAGAGGAUGAAGGUUUUGGCUAAGAAAUUUGAUGGGUUUAUGGAGCAUGUAUUGGAUGAACAUAAUGCUAGAAGGGAAAAAGAGAAGGAAAAUUGGGUGCCUAAGGAUAUGGUGGAUGUUUUGUUACAGUUAGCUAGUGAUCCUACUCUUGAAGUUAAGCUUGAGAGAAUUGGAAUCAAGGCCUUUAGCCAGGAUUUGAUUGCUGGAGGCACAGAAAGUUCAGCUGUAACAGUAGAAUGGGCAAUGGCCGAACUUUUGAAGAAACCACACAUAAUAACUAAGGCCAUAGACGAGCUUGAUAGUGUAAUAGGGAAAAAACGAUGGGUUGAGGAGAAAGAUAUGCAAAACCUACCCUACAUUCGUGCAAUUGCAAAGGAAACAAUGAGACUGCACCCAGUUGCACCAAUGCUUGUGCCUAGAAUGACUAGAGAACCUGUGAAAAUCGAAGGUUAUGAUGUUCCUAAAGGCUCACUUGUCCUGGUAAAUACUUUCACCAUACAAAGAGACCCUAAUGUCUAUGAAAAUCCCGAGGAAUUUUGGCCUGAAAGAUUUAUUGGUAAAGAUAUCGAUGUUAAAGGUCAAAGUUUUGAGUUAUUGCCUUUUGGAUCAGGAAGAAGGAUGUGUCCUGGCUAUAGUCUUGGACUAAAAGUUAUUGAAUCGAGUUUGGCUAAUCUUCUUCAUGGAUUUACUUGGAAAUUGCCUGAUAAUAUGAAGGUAGAAGAUUUGGAUAUGGAAGAGAUUUUUGGUCUCUCAAAUCCUAAGAAGAAUCCACUCAUUGCUUGUGCCCAACCUCGUCUUCCUCAUCAUUUAUAUCAUAUUUGAUCAUUUGUUAUGGAUGUCUAUGAGUUAAAGAUCUAAACCUCAUCUCCUAAGUUGGGUUUUAGGGCAAUAAACUAACAUUAUUUGAA